UUUAUUUUUCUCCUUAAAUCAUGUUCAAACCCAAUUCCAAACCCAUGGAUCCACAACACGCCUUGUCCCUAAUCCUCCAUGGCUGCAAAUUUGCUGACGACCUUGAAGCAAUGCUCGGGGAUUUGGCCAACCAGCCCCAAACCCUUUCCAAGGCCUGUGAUGAUAUCAUAAACAUCUUCGCCACUUCCAAAGAAAGGUUAAACAAUGCCCAUCAUCAACCUCUUCCUUUGCAGCAGAUGCAGCCUGGCCCUGAUCCCAGUUUGCAGGAAUGGCUAAAGUAUGGUGUCAUUGCACACGCAAUGGGAAAAAUCCAGGCCAUGGAUGUGUCAGAUUCCGGUAAAGGUUUUUCAUCCUCGUCUCAACGUUCCCAUACAAGCAGCAGGAAGGAUGGUGAAGAGAAACGCACAAUGAGAGAACCGGCGCCUCAGAUUGGAAACACCGACGUUCCUCCGGAGGACAACUACACUUGGAGAAAAUAUGGACAGAAAGAAAUUUUGGGUUCAAGGUACCCUAGGGCAUACUACAAGUGCACACACCAAAAGAUGUAUAACUGCCCUGCGAAGAAGCAAGUGCAGCGUCUAGACAAUGACUUUAACACAUUUGAAGUAACCUACAUUGGUCAGCACACGUGCCACAUGUCCUCCACUGCCCCCUCCAUUGCGCCACCAGAUCAGAUGGUUAGGACCCAAGCUAUGGUUUCUCAGCCUACACUACCUCCACCAUCAGUAACUCCUUCAGGGACAUGGCUUUCAAUGGAAUUUAGUCUAGGUUCGGGUUUGGGUUCGAGUUCUGAUGGAAGACGUGGUGGCGAUGCAGGUGCAUCAGCAGCGGCUUCUGGUGGGGGAGCCACCACAGGCAGUCGAUAUGGAAGCGAUGUCGUCGACUACCCAGUAGUGGCGGAUAUGGCUGAUGCAAUGUUUAAUUCAGGCAGCAGCAGACGCAGCAAUAUCAUGGAUUUUAUUUUUCCACGUAUGGAAGACAAAUGGGAGGCAGGAGACAAGGAAAAUUGAUGAAA